GCAUCCGUCAUAGGUGACUUAAUCGAUUUAAGCAUAGAGAAGAAACAAAGAAUUUUUCUUUCAGUCAUCUCAACGGGGAAAACAACCCCCUUCAAUUCUUAAGAACAAUUACGUAUUUUCACUUUGAUCAUUGACAGACGGCUUUGUAGCAUCAAAGCGCCUUUGUUCGUAAAUCGAAAGAUUAUCAUUCGUGAUUUUGACCAGUUCUAUUUGCAAAAACGCUUUGACGAAAUCUCGGAACUUAUGAAACAAAAGGUGGAGUCGAUGUUCACCGCUCUUUUUGAAUAUAUAAAUGACUGAAGGACCACGGUUCCUUACUUCGUUGCAUCCGUGGAUUUUACUGUAAUUGUCUGUGUUCAGUAAUUUCUUACUUACUCUGUUCCUCGCUUUUUUUUGUUUUUUAUUAAAAACUUUUCAAGUUCAAACACAAUGCGCAUUUUUUUAAUCAGUCUUUUCUUGAUGGCUCUAUUGGGGAUUAGUACUGCUUAUCCUUAUAACGGUGAUGCCAAAGGAAACACUACGAAUGUUACUACCCAUCAAAUAUUUAAAACCGUAACUUCUGUUGCCCCUCCGGUUUUUAAAACAAGCGAAGCUUAAGAGGGUGUUUCUACUACUAUUUUUAAACGAAUGCGAAUGCAGUUGUAGUUAAUACCAAGGCGAUCAUUUGCAAUAACAAGUUCUUCUUUGUGGAUGG